CCGAUCAGGAAAGUUUAGAACAUUCUGCCAAGUUAAUACAUUUCAUGGCAGAGAUGCGGAUAGAAAAUAUAUUGACGGAAACACUUAGAUCAUUUUGGUGGAUUAAAAAUGAAUACAUCAAUACAGGAAAGUGGAGACAGGGAUGCUCAACAGAUUGAGAAUGGCGACGGGAAACCGUUGCUUGCUUCACAAAAGGUGGUUGGAGGAGAAGCCAAAAGUUCGAUGAUGUCAGCCUCUUUUAAUUUCAUCAAUUCGAUAAUAGGAUCUGGAAUAAUAGGUUUGCCAUACUCCAUGAACCAGGCUGGCCUUCCCCUUGGCAUUUUUCUCCUGGUUUUGGUAGCAUUUAUUACAGACUACUCUAUCAUCUUGUUGAUAAAAGGAGGGAAUCUUUCAGGGACAAAUAGUUACCAGUCACUUGUACGUAGCACUUUUGGUAUGACUGGAUUUCUGGUUCUGUCUUUAUUGCAGUUCCUAUACCCUUUCAUAGCUAUGAUCAGCUACAACAUUAUAACUGGUGACACAUUGACCAAAGUAUUUCAGAGACUACCUGGAGUUGGACCAGGCCACAUACUUGCAGAGAGACAUUUUGUCAUCGCAGUAUCCACUAUUCUAUUCACAUUACCCUUGUCUCUUUUCCGGAAUAUAUCAAAGCUGGGAAAGGUGUCCUUACUGUCCAUGGUGUUGACUGUUUUCAUCCUCAUCACUGUUAUCAUCAGAGCAUCUACCCUAGGACCACAAAUUCCCCCUACAGAAAAUGCGUGGGUGUUUGCAAGGUGGAAUGCGAUUCAGGCCGUUGGUGUUAUGUCUUUUGCCUUUAUCUGCCAUCACAACAGCUUUAUGAUCUACGGGUCUCUGAAGGAACAGAGUCUAAGUAACUGGUCUUGUGUCACCCACAUGUCUGUUGGUUCGGCUAUGAUUGUCAGUAUUCUGUUUGCUGUGACUGGCUAUGCUACCUUCACUGGGUACACACAAGGUGAUAUCUUUGAAAACUACUGCGGGAACGAUGACCUAGCUACUUUUGGUCGCUUCUGUUUUGGCAUCAGUAUAAUAACAACUUUUCCUCUAGAGUGUUUUGUGACUCGAGAGGUGGUAUCCAAUGUUUUUUUUAAAGGGUCUCUCAACAACCAUGCCCAUGUGGCGGUCACCUUGCUCAUAGUUGCAGUGUGCACAGCAUUAUCCUUGGCCUAUGACUGUCUGGGUAUUGUUCUGGUGUUGAAUGGUGUUGUAAGUGCCACACCUUUAAUUUUCAUCAUUCCAUCAGCUUGCUACCUCAAGCUUUCAACAGAGCACUGGUUCCAAGGUGAAAACCGCAUCCCCUGUCUCAUCCUCAUAGCUGGUGUCUUUGUCAUGACAACUGGUUUGAUAAUGGCGGUCAUGUUCCCCGAAGACUGCUCCCAUGGUGCCGAGAUGUUUUACUGCGCAACUUCCAACCUCUCCAUAACCCCCACACCACCCACUGAGCUACUCUUUCAGAAUUCAACUCAGAAUUCUAGAUGAAACAUUGUUGUUACACACUGGAUAUGACUUUGUAUGCUCAUUGUAUUUAUUACCUCUGCAAUGAAUGUGUGUGUCAUAAUUUAGGCUACUAUUUGACUUUGAUGUGUGAAUGAUAAAGUGCCAAUAUGCAAUACAUUUAUCAAUUUGUAUGUCAGACUGUGAGACAAAGUUCCACCUUGAAUUUUGCAAGUAUUUACUUUAGAGAAACAUACCACAUGAUGUCGCUAUAACAUAAUCAAACUAAAUAAAACUAUUAUAGAAAGGUUCAAUUCUAAACUGAAAACAAAGCCACCUAAUGCCCUCUUGCCUUGAUGUCAUGCCCUUCGAAGAUUAAUGUAGUUAUAUAAGUUUGUCCAAUGGUAGUGCAUUUUCAACUGAUGGGUAGAGGGAAUAUGUAUACAUACUAUUUGGGCAAUUUCAUGAUUAUAAUAUUUAGGCUAUUUCAAUAUUAUAAAUGUAAACCCGAAUUGUUCACUUCAGAUGUAAAACAAAAUAAUAAUACAAAUAAUAUGAAUUGACUCCU